CGCUGAGUGGCUUCGAUAUUGGCGUUCGAUUUUCCCCCGUCUCUACUAACUUGUUCGUAGAUCAUCCCUAGUGAGACAAACAGUAGUAGCACCACCAUCUCCAUCAUCAGAACGAUCUGAGACGUCAGACCGACAGUGUUGCAAGCCAAGUGAGCUCUAGGGUGAAAAAUCGUGCAGAGACACUCGACACCAUCGACCAUCUCUCAAGUCUGAUUUGUUUUAGAGGCUAGUUCAAAGCCAAAAGGUGGUCUUUUGAGUUCGGGUUGAGGUUGGAGCUACACGUGAGCGAACGAAGGAACCUGUGCACUCCACCCGGUGACGCCAUAGUCUGACCACACGUAUUUAUGCCGGGGUAAUUUGUUUGACGAACAGAUGGUUUUUUUGGUCCAGUAUGUGUGUGCUUGAGUGGUGAAUGAGCAAGUCUCAAGUGUUCAUCUGGAUGUGAUUGUGUAACCAGUCUGUUCUCACCGGUAUGAGUGCUACCAAAAGAGGUUGAACAACUCCUUCUACCAAGGUCACCGUCCCCCCAAACCCAUUCAUUUUAGUCCCCAGUGAAUCCCAGCAUUUCUCCCUCGAAAGACAUGUCCAGGAACGAGAGCUCCCAUCGCCAUGGUCGACAUCAUCACGGUCAUCGACGGCAUCAUCGAUCCCAUCACGGCCAUAAUCCCAGCAAUCACCAUCCAUCUCAGCCUUCGGAGGAGGAUCCUCCCCAAUCGAGUUUGCUCGACUCAGAGGUCACCUCAGGGUCGCGACCCAGUCGACAUCACGGCCAUCGACGACCUCAUCACCGGAGACACUCAUCGGCUCAUCGUGAACCUUCUGGGGUGACAGUAUCCUCGUCCUCUGCUCCUCACAGACAUCAUGAACCCCAUCAUCAGCAACAACAGCCGUUGCAACAACAACAACAGCAGCAACAACAACAACACCAAUUUCCUAGCUCAGCAGCUGACCUCCAAUUGCAGGGAAACGGACGGGAAUAUGAUGCGUUCAGUAAAAUUGUCAUCGAGGAACCCGGAGUCAGAGACAAAAGUCAGUUAGGCCAUGUGAAUGUGAUGUGCAAGAAGCCGCCCUCAGCCUUAGCCCAACUACAACAACAACAUCAAGAGCUCAUGCCCCAAGAUCAUCAACUUCCGACACAGUAUAUGUGUGGGAAGGCGGAACAAGCUUUGUUUUCUCGCUCGUCCUCGACCUCGGGCACGGAUUCAUCCCUGCGGAUCCGACGAAAUCGGGCCGGAUGCACCGAGAGGCGUUGGUUCAUUGGCGUGAGCAUGGCCAUGCUCUUCACCAUCGUCCUGGCGAUAGCAGGGAUCUACUUUGGAUACAAAUUCCUGAGGUCUCACGUUCCUCAAAGAGAAACCGUCUUCCGAGGCCAGUUCACUGUAAGCGAUGGGGACUAUCUCCCGAGGGGCGUGGCAGAGGUGGGCUCCUAUGUCCAUAUUGAGAAGUCGCGCUUCUACCAACAUAAACUGGAUCUUGUCAUCGCGGGAAGUCCUCUGGCCAACAGUUACUUGCACAAUGAGGUGUUUCUUCUGGAAGGAUUGGGAGAAGAUGGCUUGACCGUUCACUUCAACGUGCACAUGGAUCCUUCCAAAGGAGAGCCUAAGUCCGAAGAACUCCUCACUGUGAUCAAACAUGAAAUCCAAGUGGCUACCAAUUCUACCGAAUCCAUUCUGGGCGAAUUAGUCAUUGAUGAUGAGAGCUUGGAAAUUCAAGAGCGAGCUCCUUCCAUUGAUCCUCCCCAACGUUCCACACCUGCUUUAGUUUUUGGAGGAGAUCACACCCAACGAAGUCGAAUUGAUUCCUUUCAUCAAGGGCAUCAGUAUCAUGAUGACAAUGAUUUGGAAUCCUAUCAUGAGCAUGAUGAAGACGAGGGCUAUCACCACCAUGAUCAUUCCACAGCUCGAUCAGAUGAGGAUGUUGCUUAUUCGGACAGCACGAUGACCACCGUCAAAAAUGCUUAUGAAGAAGACAAUGCUCUUGGAUUGGGUUCCAAACGUCAAUGUGCGCCAUUCCAAAUCGAGUUUUGCCUCCAACUACCCUACAACUUCACCACAUUUCCCAACGCCAUGGGCCAUACCAAGGUGGAAGAAGCUAAAUAUGAUAUCGAGAAAUUCAAGGAGAUCGUUGACUCCAAGUGCUACACAUUGUCAUAUGAAUUCGUUUGCCAACUCCUUCAACCAGUAUGUUUUCAACAAAAGAUGAUCCUCCCUUGUCGGGACUUCUGUCUCGAAUUCAUGGAGGAUUGUGGCAAUAUCCUUCCUGGAGAUUUACGUGAUCGAAUUCAGUGCGAUGCAUUAGCCACCGAAUCUGACGGACCCGGAGCGUGCAUCUCAAAGCCAGGGUGCGUGGCUGAGAUGCGAAACAGAAAUCAAGGCGAUCUCGUGUGUGAUGGAGUGGUUGAUUGUCCAGAUUUCUCUGAUGAGCUGUACUGUCCCUAUUGUCCCGAGCAUCACUUUCACUGUGGAGUAGGGAAAAUGUGCAUUCCAAAGGACAAAAUGUGCGACGGAAACAUCGAUUGUGACAACGGUGCCGAUGAGAAAGGAUGUUUGUCCUUGGCCCCACAUAUGGAUUUUGCCAGUUAUGUCCAUCAGUACUACGACAAGGGCUACCUUGUCUUCCAAGAAGGCGGACAAGCCGGAAAAGUCUGUGCUGACGAUAUGAAUCGAACCGUCCCAAGUUCGGAAGUGGGACGGGUCUUGGACAAGCUGGGUCAGUCCAUGUGCAACAUGUUGGAAUAUCGAGACCUGAAGAGCAUUGCCUUACAAACUGACACCGAGGAGAAUGAGGAUAUCCGAUAUGUGGACAUGAUCGGACCCAUGUCCGAUGCCAAGAGCUUCAUCAGCGUACCCUGCAACGCCCGCGAAGUGGUCCAUAUUGAGUGUGAACACUUGGAAUGUGGUCGAAGGCCGGCUCACGUAAAAAUGGAAGAUAAGGCUCGAAUGGAAGAAGGUCGGAGUGAUGCUCUCCAUGGAGAUUGGCCUUGGCAUGUGGCUUUGCUCAAGAAUGGAAAUCACGUUUGCGAUGGAACACUCAUAAAUGAGCGCUGGAUCAUGACCACAGCGUCCUGUUUCCAAGGCCAAGGAAGAUCCAAGUGGGUGGCCAGAUUUGCCAGUGUCCGUCUAAACAGUCGCGCUCCAUGGGAACAGAAACGGCGGAUCGUUGGAAUGGUGAAAUCUCCCGUGGAAGGCAAUUCCAUCGUGAUCCUCAAAAUGGAUAAGGCGGUGGUGUUCUCAGAUUUCGCUCGUCCCAUUUGUCUCCCUUCGUCGGACGAGUUCAUUCACAUGGGGGCCACGUGCGCUACAUUGGGCUGGAACCCAGAGCGCGAGCAAUUGCAUUUAGUAUACCUGGAACCGGCGGAAUUGGGGAAAUGUGCCGAGGAUAGUGAAGUCCCGGCUAAUUCAAUUUGUACGCAAGAAACUACCGAGAGCUCUACGUGUUACGGCGAGGAAUUCGCGGGAGCUCCUUUAAUGUGCCAAGCCGCCGGUGAGUGGCAUCUAGUUGGAGUGUCCGCGUGGAGGAAAGGCUGUUCAAGUAUCGCUCAAAGGCCGCGGCUCUUCGACAAGGUCUCACUGAGUAGCGAUUGGGCCCAGAAAACCAUGGAUCUGAUGCAACGACCCCGGACACCCAAGAAGGACAAUGAGGAGCGAUGAUGGGAAUACCCUAUUACCCUAUGUGAACUAUAUUUGCCAUGAGAUUUCGGAAGCGCACAAUUCCAAAUGCCAUGAAUGACAACGAGAGUGAAGUCUCUUAUACGUUUUAAUUAUUUCUAUGAUGAUAGUUAACUUUAUAUUGUGCAAUAGGCGUGAGCUAUGGCCCACGUGAGAGAAGCAAUCUAAGUCAAUCCAUAUUGGAAGGGAAAAAAGUGUGCAAUAAUAUCCUCGUCCCAAUUUCUCUCUUCUUCUGGCGAUUCAAUGACAAUAAUGGCAACCACCCUCGUGUGUUCAACACCUAUUUCCCCCUUGGACUUAAAGAUAUUUCCUUUCUGUGAUACAAAUUGGAAUUUUUUUUUGCAAUUCUUCCACCUUUUCUCGAUCCAUUUUCUUUAAAACGUAUCUCUUUUCACAAUCGGAUGUUGAAUGUUGCCACAUGCUUCUAGAAUCAAAGACCUAAUAAACAUUGUAAAUAGAUGGAACAGGACACCGUC